CCCACCCCGCCCCGCCUGGCCGAGCGAAUCAGAGAGGACGGCCCAGCCCUUGGAAAGCGGCUUCUUCUCACUCCUGCGGCGGGCCCCCCAGCCAUGGCCCCCAGGAGCCCCCGAGACCCCGCAGGGACUGCCCUGCGUCCUGGCCGCCGGGGCCCGCCCUCUGCAUCCCGCGGGCAGCCUGUGUGAAGCGGCCUCCCGCAGCCCCCGGCCCCUCCCCCAUGGAGGAGGAGGAGGGGGCGGCGGCCACGGAGUGGGGCUCGAGCCCCGCGGGGCCUGUCUGGACCGCGGUGUUCGACUACGAGGCGGCGGGCGACGAGGAGCUGACCCUGCGGAGGGGCGACCGCGUCCAGGUGCUUUCCCAGGACUGCGCCGUGUCCGGCGAUGAGGGCUGGUGGACCGGGCAGCUGCCCAGCGGCCGCGUGGGCGUCUUCCCCAGCAACUACGUGGCUCCCGGCGCCCCCACUGCCCCCGCGGGCCUCCAGCUGCCCCGGGAGAUCCCCUUCCACGAGCUGCAGCUGGAGGAGAUCAUCGGUGUGGGGGGCUUUGGCAAGGUCUAUCGGGCCCUGUGGCGUGGCGAGGAGGUGGCCGUCAAGGCCGCCCGGCUGGACCCUGAGCGGGACCCGGCAGUGACAGCGGAGCAGGUGCGCCAGGAGGCACGGCUCUUCGGAGCUCUGAAGCACCCCAACAUCAUUGCCCUUAGGGGCGCCUGCCUCAACCCCCCACACCUCUGCCUGGUGAUGGAGUAUGCCCGGGGGGGCGCCCUGAGCAGGGUGCUGGCAGGUCGCCGGGUUCCCCCUCACGUGCUGGUCAACUGGGCUGUGCAGGUGGCCCGGGGCAUGAACUACCUACAUAAUGGUGCCCCUGUGCCCAUCAUCCACCGGGACCUCAAGUCCAUCAACAUCCUUAUUCUGGAGGCCAUCGAGAACCACAACCUCGCAGACACGGUGCUCAAGAUCACGGACUUCGGCCUUGCCCGCGAGUGGCACAAGACCACCAAGAUGAGUGCCGCAGGGACCUAUGCCUGGAUGGCGCCGGAGGUCAUCCGCCUCUCCCUCUUCUCCAAAAGCAGUGAUGUCUGGAGCUUCGGGGUGCUGCUCUGGGAGCUGCUGACGGGUGAGGUCCCCUACCGUGAAAUCGACGCCUUGGCUGUGGCAUAUGGCGUGGCUAUGAACAAGCUGACGCUACCCAUCCCCUCCACGUGCCCCGAGCCCUUUGCCCGCCUACUUGAGGAAUGCUGGGACCCAGACCCCCAUGGGCGGCCAGAUUUCGGCAGCAUCUUGAAGCAGCUUGAAGUCAUCGAACAGUCAGCCCUGUUCCAGAUGCCACUGGAAUCCUUCCACUCACUGCAGGAAGACUGGAAGCUGGAAAUUCAGCACAUGUUUGAUGACCUUCGGACCAAGGAGAAGGAGCUCCGGAGCCGCGAGGAGGAGCUGCUGCGGGCGGCGCAGGAGCAGCGCUUCCAGGAGGAGCAGCUGCGGCGGCGGGAGCAGGAACUGGCCGAGCGUGAGAUGGACAUCGUGGAGCGGGAGCUGCACCUGCUCAUGUGCCAGCUGAGCCAGGAGAAGCCCAGGGUCCGCAAACGCAAGGGCAACUUCAAGCGCAACCGCCUGCUCAAGCUGCGCGAAGGCAGCAGCCACAUCAGCCUGCCCUCCGGCUUCGAGCAUAAGAUCACAGUCCAGGCCUCUCCAACUCUGGACAAGCGGAAAGGAUCCGAUGGGGCCAGCCCCCCUGCAAGUCCCAGCAUCAUCCCUCGGCUGAGGGCCAUUCGCCUGACGCCCGUGGAUUGUGGUGGCGGCAACAACAGUGGAAGCAGCAGCGGUGGCAGUGGGACAUGGGGCCGCAGUGGGCCCCCAAAGAAGGAAGAACUGGCCGUGGGCAAGAAGAAGGGCCGGACGUGGGGGCCCAGCUCCACCCUACAGAAGGAGCGGGUGGGAGGAGAGGAGAGGCUGAAGGCCCUGGGGGAAGGAAGUAAACAGUGGUCAUCGAGCGCCCCCAACCUGGGCAAAUCCCCCAAGCACACACCCAUCGCUCCAGGCUUCGCCAGCCUCAAUGAGAUGGAGGAGUUCGCCGAGGCGGACGAAGGCGGCAGCGUCUCUCCCUCCCCCCACUCGACCCCGUCCUACCUCGCGGUGCCUCUGCCCGCCGAGCCCUCCCCCGGGGCGCGCGCGCCGUGGGAGCCGAUGCAGGCCGCGCCCCCCGCGAGGGCGGGGCACGGCGCGCGGCGGCGCUGCGACCUCGCGCUGCUGAGCUGCGCCACGCUGCUGGGCGCCGUGGGCCUGGGCGCCGACGUGGCCGAGGCACGCGCGCGAACCCAGCCCCGUGCGGGAGAGUCAGGAGAGACCUGGGCUUUGGCCGGAGUGGCUGCUGGGAAACCGCUCCGGAAGGUUAAAGAACGCCCCCGAGACCCUCUGGACUUCCCCCGCCUGCCUGACCCCCAGGCCCUGUUCCCAGCCCGUCGCCGACCCCCUGAGUUCCCAGGCCGCCCCACCACGCUGACCUUCGCCCCAAGACCCCGGCCGGCUGCCAGUCGCCCCCGCUUGGACCCCUGGAAACUGGUUUCCUUUGGCCGGACACUCAGCAUCUCGCCUCCCAGCAGGCCAGACACUCCGGAGAGCCCUGGGCCAGAGCCCACGCUGCUUGACAUGGACAUGGAGGGGCAGAGCCAGGACAGCACGGUGCCCCUGUGCGGGACCCACAGCUCCCACUGAGGCCUGCCCACCGCGCCCGCCUGGGCAGCCAUGAAUGUAGCGCCCCAGGCCCGCCCCAGCCCGCCGUGCCACAAGGCGGGGAGGCCCUGGGCAGGAUACUCACUCUAUUUAUUGGGGAGGGGGGGACACUUAAUUUAUUCCUUUGUACCCCGGGGGUGGAGCCCUGUGCCCGCCCUGCACUGGGGGGAGGGUGGGCAGGGAUACUCAGGGACAGGGCAUCAUGGGGGAUUUGGCACAAAAUGCAGCAUUAAAGGUAACCCCUGCCCCCUAC